CCGCCUUAGGUGGCCGGGUAAUGGCGGAGCGGCGCCCGCGGAGCUCACCCUGAGGAGGGUCCUCCUCUGCCCCGGCCCCCAGCUGGCUGCCGGGCCCUCCUGCCCCUCCGGCCCAUGGCUCUCCCGGUGUUCUGCAACUCCUGCUCCUGUGAGCCCCGCAAGCCCACGCCGCGGUUCUGCCUCACCAGCUGCGGCCACGUUUUCUGUGAGAUUUGCCUCCAGAAAGGCAAAAAAGAUGAAUGUUUGAUCUGUAAAACUGCUUGUCAGACGUUAGUUCUUUCAAAACAGAUAAAUCCUGAUAUUCAGGCACUGUUCAUGGGAGUGGAUGUGUUAUGCAAUAAAUACUCAAAAGAAAUAACACAGAUUUCAGAAUUUCAAGAAAAACACCGUAAGCAUUUAUUAGCAUACUACAAACAAAAGGCAGCAAAGCUGGAAGAAUCCCUCAAGAAAGCAACACAACAAAUACAACAGAUACAAUGUAUGAAACCGCCUGAAAAAACUGCACAACUGCCUUUUUCCAGUACAAGCCGAAAUCUAUUUUCCAUUCCUUCAAGAAAACAGAGUGGUUAUUCUCCAUAUCCUCUUCAUUCUAGUCAUCCUUCCACUUCUGAAAUGGUGGAGUCAAUGGAGAUUGAUCCUGUGCCUUCACCGAUGAGAAAACUCGAGACACCAUCUGGUCCCACAAGGUUAUCAGUAAUAACUCCACCACAGGAUGGACGUAUGGGUAGUGUAGCCUACAAAAGUUCUCAGUCAUCUCUAAUAAUGUCAAGUCAAAAUACUGGAGCAGGAUCUACAAGAUCCACACCUAUAGGAUUAUCACUUAAUGGAUGUCCAUCAUCAUCUGGAUCACAGAGUAGUAGAAGGGGAUCAUGGGCUAAUUCUGAUUUAAGAACCCCUCAGCUGUAUCCACUUACAUCACCUUCCCCACAGCUUUCUGCAAGACAUCCAAUCACCAUCUCUGGACUUCUGCAAAGGCAACAGUUAGGAUCAACUAAUUUUGGAGGACAUUCAGCAGAAAGAUAAGCAAACAUCUGUGAAUUCUUUUGGUUAAUAAGCAUCUGGAGAAGCACUACACAGUCUUUGGAUAUCAAAGUAUUUGUAACUUCAAUAAAAUGUCAAAUUGGCAUAAACCAGCUAAUUGUUCA